GGGUUUAACUGUUCAGUCACUCUGCCGCAUGCUACCUGUGCGCGUGCUCGGUUUCCACAAACAUUUGGCCGCAGACUUUUCGCACACCGCUUUUCGAGAAUUUGCCCUCUCCUGUUGUGAGGAACCCAUCAUUUGACCUCUUCCUUCUGCACCAUGGAGUACUGUACGCCCCAGCCCACCAGGCGCCACAAUCCCGUGGACAGUAUCUGUAAGAAGCUUCAAACCAUCCAGUGGCGUGGCGAACGGGAACCCAACUCACCCUUUCAGAUCCCCAAAUUCUCCUCCAGCAGCUACGACAGCCCCCAGUGUGGCCUCAGGACCAACCUGGAGGCUUUGCUCAAGAAGGGGGCACUGUACAGGGAACGUAUAGACAGGGAGAAGGACAAAGCUAUGGGAAUGCCCAGCUCUGCAGCCUCCAAGAGAACCAGCAUGGGCUCUUCUACUCCAAUGGCUACUCCGGCUACUCCCAAUUACAAACCUACGCCAUCCAAUGUGACCUAUACUAUAACUAGCACGCUUGGAGAGAGGAAAGCAGCAGAUGGAAGUGAUUUGAAGAAUGUUAAAAUGUGGCAAAGGUAUUGUUCGACGCCCACAAGCAACACAACUGAUUCUCCAUACUUCACGUUUACACGAGGGCCACAGUCCGUGCAGCCAGACAGUGAGAGACCAAACAGGAGCCCACCCAUGUCAUGCACCUUCACACCGUUUCAUACAACCACGUCAUAUAACUUGAACUUUAGCUCAGCCGAUGCAACAAAUACUAUGGAGUGUGAGAUGCCCUAUCCAGCACUGGUGGUGAAGAGGUUGUCUAUGGGAGAUACAGGAAUGUCCACAACAGAUGGAAAAAGAGGGGCUAUGGCAGAAAUUAGCCUCAUUUGUGAAGAGAACCUGCUUGAUACCAUCUUCCAUGCCUGCGACACUCAACGGAGAGGUAAAGUUUACGUGUCCCAUAUCGUGGACUACUUGCGGCACACAACGAGCCGCUCCUCAGAGGACAGUGGUCUGGAGGAGUUGUGUAACAUGUUGGACCCCGAGCACAAAGACGUGUCCAUCGACCUGGACACAUACCACGCUGUCAUGAGGGAGUGGAUCGACGACUGCCGCAACAACGGGGAGGAGACUGCAGAGGAGGUGACACAAGACUCUGUUAAAAUGAGGGAUGGCAUAUCAGCGAGAAGAUCCAUGCUGCUCAAUAUGACCUCUGGGAGCUUGGAGGCCUUUGGAGGAGAGGUUUCUAGGGUGGAAUUUGAGACAUCAGAGCUUGUGUACUGCGUAACCGAUCUCCAAAUGAAUAACCAAAAACUGCAAGACGAGGUGAAAAAGCUGAAGCAGGUGGUGGAGAGUAUGGAGGACGCAAAUCAAAAAUUAGUUGAAGAAAAUGAAGAACUGCGGAACCAGGCAAAGACAAAUCAGCAGUUGGCUCAGAAAGAGAAGAUGUUGAAGGAUGAAGUGGAGGAGAUGAAGGCUACACUCAGUAACACAGAGGAGGGUCGGGCUCGUGCCUCUGCUCACAGCAAACGCAUGGAAAGAGAGAACCAGAGUCUCAUUGCUAAGAUCGCUUCCCUACAGGAGGAGAACUUUAAGGUCACCAUGGAGACGGACGAGCUUCAAAAGCGGAUCUCAGAGCUGUGUGACAUGAACACUGACCUUCAGAUGCAGAUUCAUUCUAUUGACGGAAUCUUGAUUGAAAAGGAUACAGAGCUGCAAGAGAAAAUGCGACAAAUAAAUGAGCUGAAGGCUACAAUAGAAGAGUACUCGUCCAUCACAGAGCUGUUAAGAGCAGACAAGAGCAAACUAGAAAACCAAAUGCAGAUGUUGCAUCCAGACCUGGUCGGAGGCCUUUCCUUGUCUGUGGCCUACAGGUUAAACCAGAGCAUCGCUGGAUCUUUACAGUCUGAGCUGGCUUUGGCUCAGUCCCCUCUGGAUUGUACCUGCCUGCCUGUGGCAGGGCCAGACACUCUGAGCCCCACCACUGCCCUUGAUGAGACUCUGGACAAAGAGGUGCUUCUGAUGAUGCAGGGGCCCAGUCCAGAGCACAUGUCCCAGGAGUUCAAGAACACACUCAACAAACUGAAACGUAAUUUAAGAGAAGAAACAGACUCAGUGCUGUGCACAGUGCAAAGGUUGCUGGAUGUCCACACAAAACUUGGAUUCAACACAGAUGAUUCACUUCAGGCUUUCCGGGCCGAGCUGGACACCAGGAGGGCAGACUGGGCCCACAGCCUGGACCAGCUGGCCCAGUACACGGACUCACUGGAGAAGGAGCUGAUCAAAAUGGCCAGUAACAUGAGGAGGUCCCGUACGGAGAUACUUCACCUUUCCGUCAGGGUGCAGGAGCAGGAGAACCAGAAGAGGCAGCUGUGCGACGAGCUAGAGCAGCUGCGAACCCCCCGAGAUAGCAGAGAAGCUUCAUGCCAGACCCCCGUGCCCGAGGACGAGCCCGGACAGGAAUUGGAUUGGGAUGAAGAGUUUGCCAUUCAAGAUUACUUGAAUAAUGAGGAGGUAACCAACAACUACUGCAGUGUGGAUGUGGGGCCCCCAGAGGGUCCCCAGAGUGAGGAGACGGCAGACGAGAGGAGAGAGAAAGGAGACGAGGAAGGGAACAAGGAAGGGAACGAGGAAGGAGACAAGUGGACACUGGAUGCAGCUGGAGAUGUGAAGGAGAAGGAGAAAUCCACCCUGUACAUCAAUGUGUAUAUGGAAACACAGAGUAGACAGGAAUCCGUGGAGGCCAAUCAUGAUUCUGAAGCCUGCACUGAACCUCAACUAGUCGUGAACCAUAAGUCUGUGCAGGAAGAGGGUGCGUUGCCACCGAGCGCCCACUCACAGGCUGUUAGUGCUGGACACCCCGAGGCGGACCCUGGUUCCGCCCACUUGAACAACUACAGUGCAGAGGAGAGUGAAGCCCAUGUCUGUGAUUUACCUCAAAACAACUCUACAGACACAGAACCAUCGUCUGGUCUGAGCCCUCACACAUUCACAGAGACAGAGGCCCCAAAUGACAACACAGUGAAUCAUAAGCUCAGCUCGACUUCAGCACCAGACGAGGAUCAAAAAGGAGAAACCAUCGAGCAGAGCGGCGAGCAGGCGUCAGAAAUGAGUCGUAAGAGUCUGGGCCAGGACAAAGCAGACCGAACAGCAGAAGACAGCUCCAGUUUGCUCCCUGUGCUGGUGGAGGAGGAGGAGACUGAGGCUUCCACUGCAACAGCAUCUGUACCAGCAAGCGAGCGUCACCCUAGCAGCUCUCAUCAGUCCAGAGGCAGCACAGGUGCCAUGGCUAACACUGUUUCUCCAAAAAAAGAACAACUUCAAGGCAAAAAAGAACUGGAGUUGUCACGAGGGAUCGAGACCGUGGACCAGCCCGGUACUAAAGAGGACCGGGGUCAGACCACCAGCGACAAUGACACAGAGGUAUACCAACAUUCGGAUGUAAACGACUCCUACAAAGAGGACAAGAAUGGCAUGACUCCAACUGACAAGGAAGUUGAGGCUGAGUUCCAGCGUCUGGCAUUGGGCUUCAAGUGCGACAUGUUCACCCUGGAGAAGAGAUUGCGUCUGGAGGAGCGCUCUCGAGACCUGGCCGAAGAAAACGUGCGACGAGAGGUGUCCAGCUGCCAGGGCCUACUACAGGCCUUGAUUCCUCUGUGUGAGGAUGAUAACCAGUCCAUGGAGAUCAUCUUGAGGCUUCAGAAAAACCUGGAGAUCCUCAUCCAGUCCAUGACCCGAGUGUCAAGCCGCUCGGAGAUGCUUGGAGCAAUCCACCAGGAGAACCGUAUUGGUAAAGCAGUGGAGGUGAUGAUUCAGCAUGUAGAAAACCUGCGGCGCAUGUACACAAAGGAACAUGCUGAACUGCUGGAGCUGAGGGAGACUCUGAUGCAGAACGAGAGGUCCUUUGGAUCACAGACCAAAAAAGAUGAUUUCCAGGGCAAGAAGGCACAAGGUCGGCGCGUCAGCCUUCCACCGAUCCACCCAAUUAAUAUGAGAAAACCCCAGGACAUGUCAGAGGUGGACAAUGAGAGACUGACUCGGCGAUCCCCCUGGAGUGCAGGGAGGAACAUGGCACGCCCUCCUCUAAAGCGCUUUGUUAGCUCGGCACCAUGGGUUGACUCUGAGGACCCCUGUGACAUGAUGAAGGGGAGCGGCUACAGCACGGACAGCCAAUUAAACGGCGAGCCCAAGGAGGAGGCACAGACCAAGAGGAGGAGGUCCAGUCUCAGUGAACUGGGAAACAAACUCACUUCUCUCCUUCUGCCUAACAAGACUCCAAGCCCUUCCUCCAGCCCGACUUCCUCUGACCCAGGAGUGACCCAUGCUCUGCCCCGGGGCCUGGGCUCCUCCAGAGCUUCUGCAGCAGCCGUGGCCCGGGGCAGCCGCACCGUGUGGCUCUGGUUGGCAAUGUUCGUGCUGUUGGCAGGUCUUCUGGCCCUGUUGGCUAGUCUGGUUAUGCAGCCUGCUGUAGACGCUGCUCCGGUCGGAACGGGGGACUCCUGGAUGACCAUCCAGCAGCUGCUCUGGCCCUACACCGGUCUACGGCACAACGGCCAGCCCCCUGUGUGAGCUCACCACUGCCCUCCACUCUCUAUACGGACUAUAUACAGACUCUAAGCACAGAGACUCAACUCCAUAGAGACUUGAACUUUUACUGGUGCCUGAAAACUACAGCAGUCCUCAGGGGUCGGUCAAUCCACUGGAGGAUUUUAUGCAUCACGUUUGCUAACUUAUUAGUCAGAGUGUGCAUUUGUUUUUAAAUGAAGCUGUGUGAAGUGAACACAAUUUUAUCAUGUUUUUGUAUCAUCACAGUGCAAUCUGUAAAUAGACUGAUUGGACCAAUCCAGACAGGACUGAAUGUACACAUUGUUUCCACUGAUAGGCAUCAUGAACAGUGGCAUAAGUGUGCCAACACAAUUCAUGCACUUGACAAUCAGGAAACAUUUGUAAAGAUGCAGGAAGGAGUCCUUUUUAUUUUCUUGUUAAAUGCAGAGCAUAUUUUAUCAUUUAUAAUCUUUAAUCACUGGUAAUAAAACAUUGUUUGAAAUGUG